AUGGCCGGUCGGAAGUCAACGGCCAAAGCUCGGCCCCCUCGAAUGAAGUCGGCGAAAGCCGUGCAAUCGGCGGGCCGGCGUCGUCAGAAGAAUCUGGCGUCGUAUGGUGAUAGCGACUCGAGCGAUGGCGAGCAGUCGAAUCCCGUUUCCCGAAUCACUCGCGCAAAAGCAAGUGAACAUUUGCUCGCGAAGAUCUCAGAUGCCCGAACUUGCAACACACCCGGUGGAUCAGCACUCGCCAGUAGCACCACUACGAAAAGAUCCCGAAGUAUUGACGACGGAUCCGAUAUCGAUGAGGGCAGCCCACUCAAGCGUAUGAGGGCGAGCAUAGCUGUACCAGCCACGGAUAGCGUGAGAAGAGCAUCGACCCGAAAGGCACCGAGACGGUGGGACGAGGAUUCUGCUUACGAAGAUUCCCACAAUGAGCCGGAGCCGUCAUGGCCGACUUCAGUGGAGAAGUCACAGCAACGCGCAAAGCGAGUGAAGAUCUUUGGUGAUAGCGACUAUGAUGAUAGAGAGUACCAUCUGUCUGUCAACACCAAGGGAGCGCGGCCUGAGAUCAACGAGGAUAAUCCUUCAUCUACCUACAUCUCACGUGUAUCCUCUCGAUACGCUGUUGAUGACGCUGAAGAAGAGGACUACGAUCCUUUCCACAACCCACGCCUUACCUCGAGAUACGUUGACGAUGAUGAAGAAGAGAAAUACGAUCCUUUCCACAACCCACGCCUUACCUCGAGAUACGCUGCCGACGACGUUGAAGACGACAGCGAAAACAACAAGGCUCUCUUGCGAACAAGCGUGCAGUCAUACGAUUACCGUCCGCAUCUGCGUACAUCAACUGGCGAUCAUUCUCCCGUUCAAAUCUACUCUCCAGCACGUGGUGCUCACAUGGGCUUGCCUGAGGAGGCCGACGACGUUUUGCCGUACGAGAGCUAUGGCUUUGUGAAACCAGCUGGCACAUAUUCAUACGAAUGUACCUCUCAGAUGCUUCCUCCAGCGCAGAAGACCGGCGAUAAGCACACAUCGACCCGCAAGAGUGCUCAAGAACUUAUUGACGAACUGUAUGGACCCGGUCGCUCUAUCGCCGAGAUGGCACAAAAGUGUCAUCGCUAUCAGAACCCUGGACAUUUGGAGUCGGCACAUGAUUCGGAGGCCGAUGAAAGCACCUCACAGCUACCUUCUCCAGCUCGAAGAAACGCCGAUAGUCACACCCCGACCUGUAAGAGUGCGCAAGACCUCAUUGACGAACUAUAUGGUCCCGGCCGCUCUAUUGAGGACAUGGCGCAGAGGUGUCGCCAUAACUCGAGAUGA